AUGUCCAGUGACGCUCUCAGGCUACAGUCUUCUAUUAACUCUAUGGUCAAUUCAAUUCCUUCUGCUCGUCAGCGUACUCGUGCACAAACCGCAGCUUUCCUGCUUGGCGCUCAUCCGGAACUGCCCAGUGUCGAGGACAAGGAGAUCAACUGCAUGUGUGCGGUUCAGCAUUUUUAUGAGGGAAUGACUGAACAGCUGCCAUUAGAAGAAUUUACAGGACAACAGUGCCAGGCCCAGCUCGAGAAAAUUGAGUUCAGAGUUCCUCUCCACACUCUGGAUAGAAAACAAUCAACCACUUAUGUGGACCGCUCUCACUCCAAGUCAGAUUCCCACAUAGACAUACUUGACUCCAUCAAGGCUACAAUGGAUGUCUCAAAGACAUAUCAGCACUUGGGCUGGUGUUUGUCUACCACUCGCUGCAUGGACCCACCUCAUCGGCUUUUAACAACGCAUGACAUUGAUAGCGCUUUCAAAGCUGCGAAGACAGAACAGGGAUCUGGCAGAAAAAUAAAGAAAGUUGCCAUUGAAAUUGUCAAUACUCCGUCUGCACGACGUGACAUCAACUUGCAGGCUGUACGGAAAGAGAAAGCAAGCAUGACGACAGGCAGGUACAUCUUCUGCGGGCAGCUCGGAGAGGACACAUUCUGCUGGGUCGAUGCAUCCCAGCCCGACGCUCCACACUAUCCAUUGUGCACCCGGGACCUACAGGAGUGGGCUAAAUAUUUGCACGAAACUGGAGAUCCAGACUUUGUCACUUUACCCAGGACUCUCCGAGUCCAUUUCAUGAAAUUCAAAAAGACACAUAAGGAGCAAACUACAUCAUCGGCUCCAGAGGGUGCCCACCGAAAUCAUACCACCCAUCAUCCAUAA